AUGCUCGCCAGCGGCGGAUGGAUCGCGGUGAAGAACAGGACGUUUUCCUCGCUGAGCAUCAUCUGCCUCGGGCAGUGGUUUGUCUCGUGCGCGGCAUGGGCGGUGGUGAUCCUGGUCGUGCUCUACUUUGACGAUUUCAUGAGCUCGUCAGUUGUGGUCGAGGUCUUUGUCGGGCUCGCUACUCACAUGUUUCGAUCGGCGCUUGUGGCAGUCAAGCACGGAUGGCGCAAGCCGUCGUUGGUCCGGGCCGUCAAGGCUGGAGUCGUGCCGAGGCGACAGCUCCGGCUGGAGGAGAUUAUCUCGGGCUGGAUCGUGCUCGGCAAAGCGGUCACCCUCACAGAGCUCUCCGAGGCAGCCAUCCGGCACGACCUCAAUCUACAGGGCUACUUGGUGCGCGUGGCGUACACGUCGCCGAGCGCCAUACGGGAGGAGCUUCCGUUGGCGUGCGAGGCGCUGCCCGAAGUGGGCGAGCAGAUUCGGUGGGCCGACGACAACGCAGAGGAGACGGGACAUCACGGCACCGUUCUAGUCCCACUGCAUCUUGUGUUGGCUGAGACGCUGCUUGUGGAGAAGUCGAAUCGACUCCCGUUUGCCAUGCUGGUCAUCCGGCUGGUAUCGUCGCUUGUGGUUGCCGGCACGCUGCCUGCGGCCCGGUUGGCGUUUGGCCAGGCGGCGUUCGGCGAUACCUGGCCGACGCAGGUUGCGCUCAGCCUCGUUGUUCUCAUCCAGCUCGGCAUCACGUUCAAUUUUACGUCGCUGGUGGUUUUUGCGUCGUGGGCUGACUCGUUUCGGCGGACGCGGUGGCUGCGGACGUGGGGAGGGUUUCUCUUCGACCGGCGGUCGCUCCUCGCGCCGUUCUUCUCGCGCCAUCCAGAGGUGUGGCUCCUCUCGCGACGAGUCAUUUUGGACAUUGGGCUACAGUUUCGGAAGCGGCUGGACGUGUUCUUUGCAGCGAUGCUCCUGCUUAUCGGCUCGCUUAUUGUCCCCAUUGUGGUGCUCUCGCUCCGCAACGAACAGUCGACGUCUGUGGCGAUUUUCUUUGCCUUUUCGCUGGUCAUGGGCUCCGUGGCGACGACUGCGCUUAUUCUCUCGUCGAUUGCGGGGUACUCCACAAACCAGACGUUCCGCACGGACCAAUACGCGCUGCACGGGCUGGCACUCGAUCCAAUGCACGGCAUCCGCGGGCUGGGGGCACGGCUGGAGUACUCGAUCUCGGGCCUGCAUCUCGACGCGACCCUCAACUCGCUCACCAUUCUAGGACUCUCGCAUGGACCUGCUGCGUUUCGUGCCAUUCUCUCGUUUGGACUGGCGGUGAUUUCAAUCUCGCUCCGACAGCUGUUCUUUGGCAUCUGA